AACCAGCGGCCGCUCGCAGCAUACUAGCCUCAGCCUGCCUACCUAUUUCUCCUCCUCUUCCUCCUCGCCGUCCCCCGUCGUGUGCGAACUCCGGCGAAUUCUCCCCUCCUCCUCCUCCUCCUCCUCCUUCUUCUCUCUAGCUACCCCUCACCCGAGAUCACCGUAGAGCAGAGGACCACAGAGGCGGCGGCGGCUCCGCCCGUGAUGGUCGCCCGCCGCGCUCUGCGGCGGACCCGGACAUGCACAGCCCCUCCCCCACCUCCGCCGCCGCCGCGCCGUCCUCUUCGUCUCCGUCUCAGCUCUCCCCCGCCGAAGGCUUCCUCCGCGGUAAAUUAACUAACAACCCCCCCGUGAAGGAGGGGGUCGACGAGAUGAUCAAGCACGUCGCCAACGAGCCCUCCGUCGGGCUCUACUUCGUCCAGCAGCACGCCCACGCCUCCAUGCCCAUCCUCCUGGACGUUAAGGGGAAGGUUGCAGAAAAAACUCGUGAGGUAACAUUACACACUGAAGACAUAGAGGAUUCUAUUUGCGCUGUGAGGUCCAUGGCUGAGUUUGGACUUCCAAUUGCUGAUGAUAUGAUCAAGGACAUAAAUAGAUCUCUAAUGAUGAUGUCAAAGACCCAACCAAAGAGGGGGUUAAUCCAGAACCCUACUUGGGGGUUCCAAUCAGGCAAAACCUCAGAAGCAUGGGAAGAUGUGGGUGCAACAAACGGUGGAAGCAGCAGGAACUAUUUGUCUUCCAUGUUCAACACGGCAAAGCAAAAGGCAUCCAUCCUGAGAUGGCCGCAGCCCGAUUUCUCAGCAAAUGAUGACGUUAGCGAGAAGUCGGGGUCAUCAGCAGCUCCAGGAUCAUCGAAAGCUGGUAGGCACGGAGCGUCCACACCCUCAGAUGCAGAAAGGGACGACCUCCCCGUCUCAAGCCGGUUGUUAGGAAAUAAUAACGCAGGUACCACGAAUCCGAGCUUGUCUGCUUCUGAUAUCUCCCACAUGGCGGAGAGCUACAACAAGUUCAAAGAAGAACAGGAACUCAAGCUGCAAGAGUGGCUUAGGGAAUCCAAAGAAGCUGAAGAUAACAGGGACUCGUGAGACGGUUCCAUUUGCACGGGCUUUUGUGCCUUUGUUACACUUCCUGCUUAUGGUGGAGCGGAGUUUGUGAAGUUGUGGUGACGAUGAAUAUAGAUGUUCUCUUGUGUUGAACAGAUUGAUGUAAGGCAGAGAGAUCACUUGUGCAGUGUAAAACAGCUAGCCUAAACAUUGAAGCAUGCUAUUAUAAAUAUGCUUCUGGGAGCACGUCAAUAAAAACAUCUUCCAAAAA